AGUGGUUGGGGUUGAGGGCGUUGUUGACGCUUUCGGUAACGGCAGCGGUGCCGGUUCUCGGAAUCUCCGGGAGGUGCUCGAUCGUCGACGUAACGAUCGGCCCACUUCCGAUUCCUGCUGGCCGGGGAAGGGAGCGGGGCUGCUGUUCUCAGCCAUCUUUUUUUUUUGGCGGUUGCUCUUCUUUCUAUUUUUUCCCUUCCUGUUCUGGCUUUUUUCUUUAUCAGUUUCCCGUUUUUAAUAUAUUUUCUUUCUUCGUUAUCCGUCGUACUUCCUUAGCACCGCUUUGGUCUUGAUUUUUUAGUAUUUCAAUAUAGUAUAUUGUUUGUAGAAUAGAAAAAUUAUAUAAUAUAUAUUUCUUAUCUCUUUCCAUAGAAGGGAAGGGAGAAGAGGCAGGAGAAGAGAGAGGUCGGUGGCUUUCGCUGCUUCCUCGUAGAAGGGGAGCCAGUGGGUCCUGCAUGCACUGCUUCUUUCCCUCACCCUCUGUCUAGUAUGGUUUUGUUGAAUCCCUCUCCCUUUUUUUUUGUUUAAUUUCUUCUUUUUAUAGUAUCUUCUUGUUUUGUUCUUCCAUCGUACCACCUCUUUCCUUAUAUGGUCGUCCAGGUUUUUCUUUCUAGUACUAUUUUGUAUAUAAUUUUUUUUUAAAUAAGUCGAUGAAAAAAAUGAAGUCCUUCUUUACUUCCUACCUGCAGAUAGUUUUUCCGUGUUGUGAUUCCCCCCGGUAGGAAAGUAGGAAUUUGAGAGGAGAGGAAGGGGAAAAAAAGGAAAAAUACCAGAGAGAGUGAGAGAGAGAGAGCACUAAGAGUUCAGUGUUGGGGGAAGGCUUCGUUGGACGGAAAAUGGAGUCCGAGAGUAACCAGCAGCAGCAUGCAGAGGCUGCGGAGGAAGCAAUGGCGAUGGCUGCCGCCGCGGCGACGUCGGCGGUAGGAACGCCAGAGAACAAAGACAAGGGCAAGAGGAUUUGGAUUCCAGACGAGGGACCAAGCAAUCCGACGGACGAUCUCAUGCUAGAUAUCGAUGGAGACGAUCUCAUCUUCUCCGACGAGGCCUUCUCCUGCCUCCCCGACUUCCCGUGCCUCGCCGCACCGGCGGGGUCGCCUUCGUCAUCAUCCGCUUGCAAUCUUUUCAACAACACAAGCCUCGCUUCAUCCUCCUCGUCUUCUUCAUCUUUUCUCUUCGCCCCGGACGGCGGUGGGAGCGGCGGGGGCGACCUGCAGGCGGUCGCUUCCUCCUCCAACUGUGGGAGAAUGAUGAGGUCGGAGGUGGCGUCCGAUCUGUUGAGCAUGGAGUUGGAGGGGCUCGACAUUCUCGGCGACAUCGGCCUUUUCGACCUCUCGGAGCAGUGGGACCCGGCGUCGCUGAUUCCCGAUAACAUGACGAUGAACGGAGCUGCGACAGCCAGCGCGAGUGGUCAGGAGCCGUCACUACCAUUGCAUGCUAUGGCCGGAGAAGAAAGGCCACCCGGGGAGGCCGGAGUAGUAGGAGGAGCUGCCACGGGGGCGCCGUUCGCUGGACCGGAGGAGGAUCCGGAGGAAAUGGCGAGGGUGUUCUUCGAAUGGAUGAGGAUCAACAGGGACGCCAUCUCUCCCCAGGAUCUGAGACAAAUCAGGAUGAAGAGAGCCACCAUAGACUGCGCCGUACGCCACCUUGGCGGAAACAGGCAAGCCAAAGUACAGCUGCUGAAGCUCGUCCUCACCUGGGUCCAGGCCAACCAUCUCCAGAAGAAGAAACGCCGCAGAGGCGAGAACGAGCAGCAAGAUCGGCCAGAAGGGGUCGCGCAACCGCCGUACCCUUACAACCAGCAGCAGCCAUUUGCUCCUCCCAAUCACCAUGUGCCUGUAAUGUCCUCCGACGUCACAGCGAACCCUAACCCUAAUCUCGACUACAGCUACGACGCCGAUUCCCAGCGCAAUGGUUGGAUUCCGUAUCACCUUGAUCCAACGACCGGCGCCGCAUUCCCAGUAAUGAUGCCGGUCUAUGUCGGUGGCGGCGGCGGCAGCACUUCCGGCGGUGAGCCGGCAUAUCCUGGUGUGGCGGCGGCGGCGGCGGCUCCUUUCUCUUAUCACCAAGGCAGCACCAGCAGCAUUGUCCUCAACGGCCAGCCAUUUUCUCCAUCGCCUGACUUGCAUGCAGCGGACCACACUGCUGCGGCGUGGCCCUCACAAUAUACUGCAGCUCCGGCACAGUACGUGCCAUUCCCGGGCGCCGCCGGUUCCCAUCCAGCUCCAAUGCCGCAGGCACAGUACCCCGGGGGUUUUGUCAACCAGUACCCGGGCCAUCCACUGUACCAGCAAGGACAGCAGGUCGGUGGGAUGGCUUCGGCCACGAAGGAGGCUCGGAAGAAGAGGAUGGCUCGGCAGCGGCGCGCAUCUUCCCUCCACCACCACCGCAGCCAGCAGCAGCAGCUGCAGAACCAUCACCAGGCCGAGUCGAGCUCCUCGAGAGCUCCCGCUGAAGGAGGGAGUAGCAGCUCCUCAAAUGCUAAUGCUAAUAAUAAUAAUAAUAAUAACAACAACAAUAAUAGGACCUGGGGUUUUUGGUCUUCUUCUUCCUCAUCUCGUCAAAAGAAUCCGAUGAUGGAGGCGCCGCCACCCCCUAAGUCCUCCAUGCAACAGCCACAGCUGUCGCCAUCCAUGCCUCCACAGCAGCAGCAGCAGCAGCAGCAGAAUUCGCACCGAGACGACGCAGCAUCGACGGCUGACAGGCGGCAGGGUUUGAAAGGAGAGAAGAAUUUGAGGUUCUUGCUUCAGAAGGUGUUGAAGCAGAGUGACGUGGGUAGCCUGGGAAGGAUCGUGCUACCCAAAAAGGAAGCGGAGAUCCAUCUACCGGAGCUCGACACCAGGGACGGGAUAUCAAUUCCAAUGGAGGACAUAGGAACCUCCCAAGUAUGGAACAUGCGGUACAGAUUUUGGCCCAACAACAAGAGCCGCAUGUAUCUCCUGGAGAACACAGGGGAGUUUGUUCGAUCCAACGGCCUGCAGGAAGGGGACUUCAUCGUCAUUUACUCCGACAUCAAGUGCGGAAAAUACAUGAUAAGGGGAGUGAAAGUUCGUCCCCAGACCGAGAAGGGUCAGGCCAGCAGGAGCGUGGCUAGGAGUCAUCUGAAGAGAAGCAACUGGGAGAGAGGCAGCACGUCGAGGAUGAGGGGGAGCAGCGGCCACGAUGGCAUCAAUGAUGAUCUGGGCAUGCCCUCCUCUAGUACUGCUUCGCCCUUUGUGAUCAAGAGGGAAUCCAGCCCAUGAAAAGUCCCUCGUUCCAGUCUCUACUUUGGUCUUUGUUUACAAGGACAGUGUUUUGUUGUAACUAUUACAGGUUAUAUGCAAGUAGCUAUCGACAAUGAUGUUAUAAAGAGUUCCUGUGCUCUAACUG